AUGGAUGAUGUGCAAAGUAUAGCGCUUUCCAAGGAGGAGCUGGAACAGGGGCGUUACGGUACGGGGACUUUGGUCAAGGUCUUGAACGCAAUGCACCAAGAUGGACUUGUGGUUUUGAAGGACGUCAUACCUGUCGAGGUUAUCGACAAACUCAAUGCAAAGAUGUGCGAAGACGCCGAAAAGAGGAUCGCCGACCCUAGCCAAGGAUACAAUCAUGGCAUCAAAUCUAAUAUUCUGCAACGGCCACCAAUCUGCGAUGCUCAAUAUCUCAACAAGGAGAUAUACUUUAACCCGUUUUUGCUGCAGGUUGCCAACGCCUAUCUUGGACACAAACCCAUUUGGAACUGGUUGACUUCCAAUGUGGCGUUGGCAAACACUGGCGGCAUCCGUCAACCCGCGCACAAGGAUAGCCGUUACGUCCACCCCUUGUUCCCCUACUUUUUCAUCGCCAAUAUUCCGCUUUGCGACUUUAGCAUUGAAAACGGCGCCACCGAAUUUUGGCUCGGCUCGCACGCCCACACCACGUCGACCGACCAAGUCAUGCCGUCGACCCUCGAAGAUAUCAAGCCCUACCCGGGAGGCAGCAUGGAUGACCCUCUACCAGCCAUAUCAGACGAGGCCAAGUCGCAGCGCACGCAAAUUCGUCCACCAAUCCAACCGCUCUGCCGCAAAGGCGACAUCAUGAUUCGGGACCUGCGAACCUGGCACGCCGGAAUGCCAAACUCGAGUGCAGAGCACCGAGUCAUGUUGGGCCUAGGCUAUCAGAGUCCCGCUCAUGGAAAUGAGUCAAUGCACGUGCAUCUUCCAAAAUCGCAAGAGCAAUUCUUCAAGAGUCAUGACGCAGACAUGGUGGAAGUGCGGGCAAAGUGGUAUGAAGAUGACGAGUUGGCCAACACACAGGCUGAUACCGUCUUUGACACGCGGCCUUCCUACUUGAAGCGAAUUGAUGAACUAGAGCUCUGGAUAUGA